AUAGAUUUUAAUGCUGCGCAACACUUCAACCUGCAGCGAGCCGCUGGCGCUGGGCGCCAAGCGCGGCUGCCCGCGCGUCGUGUUCCCGCUCGUGACCGAAGCCGGCUUUGACAUGGGCCUCGAGACGGUCCCGAGCCGCAGUCGCGUCCCACUCCACUUCCACGACGACAAGGACGAGGUCAUCGUCGUACUCCGGGGCACGGCCAUCAUCAACAUCAACGGCGAAGAGGCGCGCGCGACCUGCGGCGAUCUCGUGUUCAUUCGUCGCGGCCAGUCGCACGAGAUUCGCAAUGAAGGCGACGACGAGCUCCUCUUCUCGUGGAGCUUCUCGCAGUCGAGAGCAACCUUUGCCGACUCGUUGACGGCCAAGGACCUCGAUCUCGUCUAAGCAAUUAUACCACCAGGUU